UGGGUCUGGUGGUCAGCGGGGUCACUGUGGCCACCAAAACGCUGGGCCUGGUGGUCACCAAAACCCUGACCCUGGUGGUCAGUGUGGCCACCAAAACCCUGGGCCUGGGGGUCACCAAAAUCCUUGCCCCGGUGGCCACCAAAACCCUGGGCUUGGUGGUCACCAAAACUCUGAGCAUGGUGGCCACCAGAACUUUGGGUCUGGUGGUCAGCGGGGCCACCAAAACUCUGGGCCUGGUGGCCACCAAAACUCUGGGCAUGGUGGUCACCAAAACCCUGGCCUUGGUGGUCAGUGUGGCCACCAAAACCCUGGGCAUGGUGGCCACCAAAACUCUGAGCAUGGUGGCCACCAAAACUCUGGGCCUGGUGGUCACUGUGGCCACCAAAACCCUGGGCAUGGUGGCCACCAAAAUCCUGACCCUGGUGGUCACCAAAACUCUGGACCUGGUGGUCACCAAACCCCUGACCCUGGUGGUCACUGCACUCACCAAAACCCCGGGCCUGGUGGUCACUGUGGCCACCAAAACCCUGGGCAUGGUGGUCACUGUGGCCACCAAAACCCUGGGCCUGGGGGUCACCAAAACCCUGACCCUGGUGGUCACUGUGGCCACCAAAACCCUGGGCAUGGUGGUCAGCGGGGCCACCAAAACUGUGGGCCUGGUGGUCACUGUGGCCACCAAAACCCUGGGUGAAGUGACCACCGGCCCUGCAGCCACAGCCGCCGUGGCCAGCGCGGCCUUGGCCACCCUGCCGGUGGCCACCAACCCCAUCCUGGUGGCCAGCACGCCUUUGGCCACCAUCCAAGUGACCGCUGACCACUUGGUGACCACCCCUACAGCCACAACCCCCUUGGCCACCAAGCCCUUGACCACCACCCUGCCAGUGGCCACCAACUCCAUCCUGGUGACCACUGACCCCUUGGCCACCACCCAAGUGACCACUGACCCCUUGGCCACCACCCAAGUGACCACUGACCCCUUGGCCACCACCCAAGUGACCACUGACCCCUUGGCCACCAUCCAAGUGACCACUGACCCCUUGACCAUCACCCCUUUGGCCACCAACUCCAUCCUGGUGACCACUGACCCCUUGACCACCACCCAAGUGACCACUGACCCCUUGACCACCAUCCAAGUGACCACUGACCCCUGGACCACCAUCCAAGUGACCACUGACCACUUGACCACCACCCCUACAGCCACAACCCCCUUGGCCACCAUCCCAGUGAUCACUGACCCCUUGACCAUCACCCUUUUGGCCACCAACUCCAUCCUGGUGGCCACUGACCCCUUGACCACCACCCUGCCAGUGGCCAUCAACCCCAUCCUGCUCCAUCCUGGUGACCACUGA